AUGGCCGAAAAAGAAACCAUUGUCGUAAUAGGGUACGUCGUAUCCCAAUGCCACCCCCUCAACCACAACAACAGCACCACUAACCACCCCCACCCAUUCCAACCAAACAGAGCCGGCAUAAUCGGCCUCACAACAGCCCUCUACAUCCAACAACGCCUCUCCCCAUCCCAACGCGUCCUCAUUGCAGCCCGAGAUUUUCCUCACAGCACAUCCCUAAACUACGCCUCACCCUGGGCAGGCGCCCACUACCGUCCCGUCCCUGGCUCCAACGCCCAACACACCCGAGAAGAAACACAAGCCCGCCGCACCUAUGCACACUUCAAGACACUCGCGGCUCAGGAGCCGGGCGCAGGUGUUCAGUCCACUACUGGCAUUGAAUACCUCGAGAACCCGCCGGCGGAGUACCUCAACGAGAAGAACAUCCAGGCUGCGUAUGGGCAUUUGGAUGGGUUUGAGUACUUACAGCCCGGGCAGAUGCCGGGGGAUGUGAAAUGGGCUGUGAAGUAUAAGACGUUUGUGGUGAAUUCUCCCGUGUAUUGUGCGUGGUUGUUGAGGGAGUUUGUGUUGAGGGGUGGGGAGGUGAAAGAGUACACGUUCGUAGAUUUGAGGGAGGGGUUUUAUCUCGCGGAGAGGGUGAGGGCUGUGGUUAAUUGUUCUGGGUUGGGGUUUGGGGAUGAAAAGAGUUAUAUUAUUCGGGGGCAAACGUGUCUGGUGAGGAAUCCUUGCUCGGCUACUAUCACUCGACAGAAUAGCGAUGGCUCGUGGUCCUUCUGUAUUCCACGCCCAUUGGGUGGUGGGACAAUUAUUGGGGGCACGAAGCAGCCGCAUAAUUGGGAUCCUAAUCCGUCAAUGGAAACACGGGCCCAGCUAUUGGCGAAUGCUGCCAAGUGGUUUCCCUUCGAGGAGGGAAGUAAAGAAGAGUUCGAUGUGAUUCGUGAUAUUGUUGGCCGUCGACCAGCACGAGAGGGGGGCAUGAGGAUUGAAGUGGAGAAGAUAAAUCAAGGUCAGGAAGUGAUAGUUCAUGCAUACGGAGCUGGGGGUCGUGGUUUUGAAUUGUCCUGGGGUGUGGCAGAGGAUGUUUACGACUUGAUGCGACAAAACGGAUUAAUAAAGGCAAAAGCCUCGCUAUAG